AAUCAAUGAUUAGAUUAGUUCGCAGUGCCUAUAUUUAACAUGGCACCAACAAUCGGUCCAUUAAUUCAUUGCUUUAGGCCAGCUUCGAUCUAUCGAUCAACACCAGAGAUGAUGGCUAUACCAGCAGCUCUUCUUAUCUUUAUCGCAGUAGCUGUUCCGGCUGCCACCGCCACCGACUAUACCGUCGGCGGUUCGCAAGGGUGGACGAGCGGCGUCGAUUACAAUUCGUGGGCUUCCGGGAAAACCUUCAGCGUCGGCGACGCACUACUUUUCCAGUACAGUUCGCAGCACAGCGUGACGGAGGUCGGCGAGUCGGACUUCAACGCAUGCUCCUCCAGCAACUCCAUCCAGACGUACACUGACCAGAGCACCAAGAUCAGUCUCACCGAGCCCGGCAGCAGGUACUUCAUCUGCGGCACUCCCGGCCACUGCUCCGGCGGCAUGAAGCUGGAGGUCACCGUCGCCGGUUCCACAACACCGAGUUCGCCGUCGUCGUCCUCGGGAACGACCCCGUCAGCUUCCGGCUCGUCAUCUGGUGCUCCUCCGUCGACGUCUUCAGCUGGGAUUAUUGCUGGAGGGAAAGUGGUGCUUGGUGGGCUGGUGCUUGUGGGACUCGUCGGGGUCGUGGGCUAGGAGAGAGGCAGUGCAGGGCUGUUUAGCUACGUUCAUAUUCCACUCUGUAUCUGUGGAAUCGCUUAUGUUUGACGCAUGGGAAUAAUAAGAUUAGCAUGAGAUUUCUCCUAA